AACUUCAAUUUCAAGACUCUCUCUCUCUCUCUCUCUUUUUCUCUCACACACCAAACGAGAAAAGGUCGCUCUCUCAGAUUCCUUCAAAACUCCCUGAUCGAUCGAUCGAUCUCGUUUGGUCUCUGCAAAUUCAAACCCAUUCAUUAGAAGAAGAAGACACCCAGUCUCUCUCUCUCUCUCUCUCUCUAAACAUGGAUCCUCCUGCUUCUUGGGACUCCCUUCGAAGACAGUAAUCAUCAUCAUAUCUGGAAUCAUAUGCAUGUAGGCAAGGAAGCUUGAGGCACAGUUGGACGAACAGAUGCAUUUGUAUCGUAAAUUAGUUUCCACAAAAGCUGAUGAUGGUAUAGAUAAAGAUCUUGAAUCAGGGAUAGAUAAACUGCUCCAACAACUUCAGCAAGUAAAUUCACAUAUGCAAGCUUGGGUGUCAUCAGGAGGCUCAGAAAUAUUUUCUCAUACAUUGACUCGUCAUCAAGAAAUUCUUCAAGACCUUACUCAGGAAUUUAAUCGGCUCCGCUCUAGUCUUCGAGCUAAGAAAGAGCAUGCUUCACUACUCGAGGAUUUCAGGGAGUUUGAUAGGACAAGACUAGAUCUGGAAGAUGGUGGUGGAUCUUAUGAACAGGCUCUCCUUAAGGAGCAUGCAUCCGUCAGCAGAAGUACAGGGCAGAUGGAUUCCGUGAUUUCUCAAGCACAAGAGACCCUUAGGACUCUUGUUUUUCAAAGAUCAACAUUUGGAGGCAUUGAUUUGAAGCUUAGCAAUGUCAGCAGCCGACUUCCAACGGUGAAUCAUAUCCUCUCAGCAAUAAAGAAGAAAAAGUCUAUGGAUACUAUCAUCCUUUCCUUAGUUGCUUCUGUCUGCACAUUUCUCAUUUUGAUUUAUUGGUUGACCAAAUAGGUCAACUCACGGAAAUUAAUUUUUCUACCACGUAUGACUAUGGGAAGUUGGUGAGCAGUUCCCUUGAUACAAAGUUGUGAAGAGCUUGUAAGAUGGAAAUUUUUUGUCUACUGUAUGUCUUGUUCCCAGGUAUAUAGAUGCUCUGGCAUUAAGAUCUGAAUAUUUUUUAUUCUAGUCUUGGUAGGUUUUAAAUAUGUUUGCUCUUUGAAACUGUGUUGUACUCUUCCUAUAUGAAUGAAGUUAUGUACCCUGAAAAACACAAAAAUGAUGAAAGUAAAUUUCUUGCACCUUAA